AUGGUUCGAGGAAAACAGGCUAAAUCGAAAGAUGUUGCUAUAUCCGAUUCGGAUUUCCAACUUGAAGAGGAGGAGGAACCAUAUUCCAGUGAUGUGGUUGCGGAUGUAUCAAAUGACGAUAGUGACAUGGGCUCGGACAUCCCAACUCAUAUUGAUUUGAACGGUGUUGGCCACUGGGUACUGGGACGAUUAUCCAUUGGUGAGAGGAGGCUCGUUGUAUACAAUUCUUUGCGAUCAGAAGAGUUUGACAAGAUUGUCUACGACGGUGUUCGGUGCUAUUCUACUCUCAUUCCUAUUUUCCUCGGUAUGGUUCAUUUCUACUCCAAAAGGACCGACAUCAACAGUGUGGGAGAAGCAUUCGAUGGAAAAAGGGUGAAUGAUCCACUUGAUGUUAUUAUGGCUGAAAAUCUUCCCGAGCAGGAGCAAGGUGACUGCGGAAUAUUUGUUGCCUCAUUUGCCGAAUACUUCAUCACUAAGUUUGAUCUCCCGACCAACUAUCUUCCCGACACGGAGAGGAUGAGUUAUGUGGCUGCGGAUGUAUCAAAUGACGACAGUGACGUGGGCUCGGACAUCCCAAAGUUUGACGCAAAAAACCGUAAGCGUCGACGAGAUUUUUCGAAGGAGUACUGUUUGUCUUGUGGAACUCGUCGAAUGAUAACCAAACUCGGCCACGAACUCGCUGGACAACUCGUAAUCAAAAUAGCAGUCACUGGCACUCGUGGUAGCAAGAGGAGAAGAGGAUACUACUCCAGAUCGACGAAGACGUUCCAGCAAGGUGGCCGGGCAGGCGGGCGCCGGCAGGCCGCAGCCGCGCACAGGCGUGGCCAGCANUACAAAGUUGUUGGUUGA